UUUACUUGAGGUGCAUUCAACUUUCAUUUAAGCUUAUUUUAAGUUUUUUUUUUUAUAUAUAUUAUGGUUCAAGGAUUAAGUUUAAAGCUUUUUUGUAUUGGCUUUAUGAAAAAUUUAUUAGAAUUUAAUUUGUUCCUUUUUGUUUUUAUGUUUUUAUGUAUCCUAUUUACCAGAUAUCCAGUGCAGCUUCAUUGAAUGAAUUACACAUGCUCAUUGACAAGUAUGCCAGCUUGCUGCAGACUGCUGGCUGUUUUGAUUACCCACGAAGUGUAGAAGGCAAAGACAACAUUGUGAAGGAUUUCAUUCAAUGGUACAUAUUGUACAGGAACCAGUACUCCAUACAAAGAUUUAGGGAUGGGCUUUCCACCUUGGAUGUCAUCCAUGCCCUGGAACAACAUCCAAGUGUAUUCAGACCCUACAUGUGCUACAGUGUUGAGAAACUAAAACCUGAAUCAUUGGAGGCUGUCUUCAAGGCUCAGCUCAGUGAAGAUGGUAGCACCAGACGACAAGAAGAAACAAGGAUUCUAGGAUACUGGAGAGACUAUCUGCUUGACACUGGAGAACAAGAAACUGGAGUCUUCCUCCAGGACAUCCUGAUGUUUGCUACAGGACUGGAUUCACUGCCUCCUUCAACGAUUCUGCCCCAGCCCCGACUGAGUUUUGAGUGGACUUCUAAAUUUCCCAUUGCCAGCACCUGUGCCAACACAAUCAAAUUGCCAAUCUCCAAAAACUAUGAAGAGUUCAAAAAUGCAAUGGACUUUGGCAUCCAAAACUCACCUGGUUUUGGAUUGCACUGAGCAGAG